UCAUGACUAAUCUCAAAUGUGGACCAGGCCAUGGCAUAAGCAUUGGAAGUUUGGGCAAGGACUUCAACGAAGAUGGAGUUCAAAACAUAACCUUAAAAAACUCAAUAUUCACACGGUCGGACAAUGGCAUACGGAUAAAAACAUGGGCUAGACCAAGCAAAGGCUUUGUCCGGAACAUCCUCUUCGACAACAUUAUCAUGAACAAUGUCAAAAAUCCAAUCGUAAUCGACCAAAAUUAUUGCCCCGACAACAAAGGUUGUCCUAGAAAGAAUUCGGGCAUACAAAUCAGCAAAGUUACGUACAAAAAUAUACGAGGAACAUCAACAACACAAAAAGCUGUGAAUUUCGAAUGCAGCGUUACCAAUCCAUGCAAAGAGAUAAAGCUACAAAACAUAAAGCUUCUUUAUAAGAACAAAGCAGCCAUGUCGUCAUGCAAGAACGUUCGUGGAUCCGCUAAUGCAAAAUUGAUGCCUCGGAGCUGCUUAUAGCAAAGAAAUUUGGAUCGUCUUGCCAUGAUUAAGCAAAUAUUAAGUCUUAAAUGGUUUAAGAUUUGAUUGUUAUUUGAUUAGAGUAGAAGAUUAAGUAUUCAUGACGUAUG